UGUGCGGCUGUGAAAGUGAUGGCUUGCAACUAGCCUAGCCGUAAGAAUUUGUUUGCUUUGCGUUAGAUUUCGGUUUGGAAUUGUUUCCGUUCUAUACGUGUCUUGUCGUAUCGAGCUCUCGAACAUGGCUCUUGAGUUGCAGUGUUGGUGCCGCGAACAAUAGAAAAAAUCAAAUGGUUAACUGUAGUGAUGUGAUGUCGGCGGGGACUCCAUUGUUGGGCACGGCGGUGAUAAAGUGCGUUGCAAAAAAUAUUUGUUCCUUCUUUGACGAGCAAUCAUUCGAAACGGCCAACGUUGGCAGUGGUUCCAUCGCUACCACGCGUGUGCCAUGUCCGAAAACGAACUUGACAAAACGCUCGCUCAUGCAAUACAGCCGCACGAUAAAGUUCACCGCGCGACGUCCCCGCAGCAGCUGCAAUCGCAAUUUCCGAAUUUAGAAGCUGCAGUACAUUAUCAGAGCAACAUCGAUCCCAACCCGGCGGGCAUUCGGCAGAAUUAUUACCGGAUACCGCGCAAUUUUCAACCACCGCAAUCAACCACCAACAAAGAUGGGCCACGGGUGUGUACAUCACUUCCGUUGUACCUUACCAAGAGUGACCUGUGCACACUUGUUCCGCGGCCUGGUAUGGAGUAUGUGCCAUUGAGGACUCCAGCUGCCGAGCCGUACCACUACCAUCACGUCACCGAUCAAACGAAGUCAUUACAGGAGUUACAGAAUGAAGUCGGUGCCCUGUUGGAGUUCCGUGAUCUGGUUAUUGAAACCUUUCCCGAUCUUAAAUCCAAGAUGGCUUCCUCAGCGGCGAACAGCACCCUCACAGGCAUAUCGUCGUCCUCUUCGUCCCUGGCGAUCCGGCGUGAGUGGGAACCGGGUGGUAUACGGAUCCGGCGCAAACUGAUACCGAAAGACACGGGCAGCGGCAGCAUCGGGGGUGGCGGUUCGAGCAGCACCACCAUCAUCCCGGGUGGCGGUGGCAGCAACGGUGGCAGCAUCAGCAGCAACCACAGCAACACCGCCGGCCUCGGUGCGUCCCCCGGCUCGGCACCGGCGGUUGCCAGUGUUGCUGGCAGCAGCGGCGGCGGCACCACCACGACCGUCCUAAACCAUCAUCUGCAGCAGCAGCAGCAACAUUCGCAUCAACACCACCACCAUCAUCAUCAACAUCACCAUACGCAAACACAGCAUGGUAGCAAUAGCAGCGGCAACCAUCCGCAUCAGCAGCAGCAGCAGCAGCAGCAGCAACAGCAGCAUUCGUCGUCCUCGCUGAUCCGCAGCCGAAGUAACUCCCAUAGUGGUAAGAAGGAACCAAAGAGCGGUGAAGGCAACAACGGUAGUGUGAUACAGGAUUCCGGCUUCUCGACCGAAACGUCCUCCUCGAAGGAGACGCACAGUGCGGCGUCCUCAACGAGUGGUGCUGUGCAGGGAGGUCUCAUACUCUCUACGACCAUCAAUCGACUGGCGGUGGAAACCGAAGAUGAACUGUGGAAUCUGCUCGAUGUGAUACAUAGGAAGGGCAGUCGGCUCCGGGAGGAGGUCGAUCUGCACCUGGAGCGGGAGAAAAGUAGGGCAACCAAUUUAGCAAUUAAUCAUCCUUCCCACCACCAUCAUGCGCACCACCACCCUCCCCAUCUACCCCAUCCGCAUCAUCAGCAGCAGCAUGUGGUGUCGGCAGUUGUUCCUCCUCCUUCUACUACCUCCAGUGGCGCAGUGGCGUCGGCCGGUGGUGUUGCUACCCACCAUCAUGGGGCGGCGGCGGCGGCCAGGAUCGGUGGAAGCAGCGGCGGAAGCAGUAGUAGUCACAGCAGCAGCAGCAGCUCGGGCAACAAUAUCACCAUCCACCACAGCAACCCGGCGGCGACGACGGCCACCAGCGUUGUGGCCAGUGCUGACGCCAAAAGCUCCACCACCGUUAUCGUGUCGGGCGCCGGGCCGACGGUGGCCACCUCGGUGGCGGCCGCGAAAAGCUUCCAAAGCCAGCUGCUGCACACCACCGAUCCGGCAGCGGGUGGUGGUGUUGUUGCUGCCGUAGGAGGAGGAGGACAACCGCCGGUGGACCACAAUGUACAAAUUUUGCGCAACGAGCGCGACCGGCUGCUCGACAAGCUGUCCACGUACGAGGCGGAAACGUUCGCCGGGCGCAUCCGGGAGGCGAAGAUGCACGACGAGCUCGAGACGCUCACGCUGACCAUGCGCGAUCUGCAGGAGCAGCUGAAGGUGGCCAACAGUCAGAAGGUCGAGCUGAACAGCAAACUACAUGAUCUCCAUCUGCAAACUGUAAAUAGAAGCGCGCCUAGUUCCCCCGAGUCAAUUAAAGUUCGUCAGCAACAGCAACAGCAUACACCAAUACCACCACCUCCAGCGUCGUCAGCAUCAUUAGCAUCGUCAUCGUCAUCACCCGCCGAUGCGCAGCAAUCGCCAGCGCACGCACUGAGGGCGCCUUCCCGAUACCAUCUGCUGCAAGGAAAUGGAAAGUCGUCGGCGGCACCACCACCGCUGCCACCACUCGAUGAUCCGGCCCUGGUGGAGGACCCGAAGACACCCCAAUCGGUGGGCGGCGGCGCUGGUCUUGGGCGGCUGGAUGCGCUGCUCGGUUCGCCGCCCCGCCUCCAGAAGGUGCGGACGCUCGACUCGAAGAAGAUUGCCGCCAUCCUGCUGGAGACGAACAUCGUCGAGCUGCAGCGUCACCUGCUGACCGUGACGGUGCAGAAUCAGAUACUGCAGCAGCGGCUGGAACAGGCCACCCGGUCCCGGCUCUUCCUGAGUGAAAAGUUUGAAAAGUCGAAAGAAGAUCUGGACGACCUAAGGUUUCAGCUGAUGGAAAAAUCGAUCGAACUCGAGGGCACCAAGGCGCAGCUGCGGGUAAUUGAAUCGAAAUCAACGAGCGGCGGUAAAUCGGCGCCCCCGUCGGCCGAGACUAGUCCCGAGCAUCAUCAUACGGCGGCCGGGCGAGGUGCCACGGGCCAGCAACAGCAGCACCACCACAACGCUGGUCACUUGAUGCAGCACCAUCAGCUGCACCAUCACCACCAGCACCAUCAUCAUCACCAUCAGCAUCAUGCGAACGUGGUGUCGUCGGUGACCGUCAACAGUCAGCUCGCGAUGCGUCUGCCCUCGUCGCAGGUGUCGACGCCGUCGAUGAAGGCGAUGACGCCGGUCGCCAUGGACGAUAUGAUCGCGCUGCACCACAGUAGCAGCACCGAAUCGGCGCAGGACCAGGCGGAGCGGGACAUCAGCAUCGGCGGGAAUCGGUUGCAUCAACAGCAGAAUCUGCAGCAGCAGCAGCAGCAAACGCAGCACCAAGCACCGGAAACGCCACGGCGACGUCCUUCGAAAAUACCACUCCCCGGCACGAAAGGAUCGGCGGCUCCAAAGCCACCGAGUGGGCGAAACUUCUCCGCAACGCCCACCCCCACGACACCGACGGGUCCGUCAGCGAUGCAAAGGCCACUAGGAGGGGGCGGCUCAUCCGGGCCGUCGUCGAACCGCAGCCUCACGAAGAGCACCGGCAGCCUGUACGUGCGAUCCGUCGAUGCCGGCUCGUUCGGUGCCGCCGGACAGCAUCCGCAUGCGGGCGCGGGCGCGACCACGGGUGCUGGCAGUAGCUGGCGAAACAGCAGCAGCAGCAGCAGCAACAACAGCAAGGAGACGCCGUCGCUGGAGAAAUCGCGCUCCUCAUCGAUACCGAUCUCCUCGUCGUCGGCGCCCAAGCUCGUUGGCGGUACAGGCCAACCGCCGCCGGUUUCGCCGCCCCACCGGCCAGCGCCUACGAUGAUGACGCUACCGCCACCCCCGAUUCCGCCCACCGCCUACGGUGGUGUGAUCAGCUCGUCCCCGUUGCCGCGCCCCAAGCGCGACACCCUCACGACCAAGGUGAAGAACUGUGAUAGCCUAUCCCGCAAGCAGUCCUUGCGAAAGGACGCACCCAGCACCAACACCAACGCCACCAGCAUUGGCAGCGGUCAGUCGACUACCUCCGCGGCACCGCCGGCACCGGCGAUACGCGAGCGCAAACCGAGUGCCGGCGGCGGCGGGGGCGUUCUCCGGCACGCCUCGAGCACCUCGCUCGGCUCCGCGGACACGCCGUCGUCGGCGACGGGGGGCACCAACGUAAGCUCAGCCACCAGCAACACCACCACCACACCCAGCGACAACGGCAAGGCCCGGAGAAGUAACACGUUCCGGCUGGCAAAAUCGACGCUGACGCCCCUGCUGCUGGCUACCGGACCGCCCGGGCCCGGCUUCAUCGUAGCGUCCCCGUUGCCCGGCAUUGGAGUGACCGGCACGAAACCGUCGGGAUCGGUGGAAGCCGCCACCGCCGCCAUGUCUCACCGAGGUAAUGGAGGAUCGGCACGCACGAGAUCGAAAACGUCGACCGGUGGGACGACGGCCGGUGCGCCGCCUGCCGUUGUCCGUGCCUCUUUUUCUACCCCUUCCAUGGCGAGCGUGCUGCGUGACGAAGACGCCGGUGGCACGCCCGGCCAAAGAGUCGCCCGGAACCUGAUCGGCGAAUAUCUCGCUGCGAAGAAGACCAAGUGUGACUUUCAGCAGCAGCAGCAGCAUCAGAUGUCAAUACCACCACCAAUUUUUCACGUCCAUCAACUGACUUCUUCUCGGCAUAUCAAUCAACAGCACCAGCAGCGAGAAAUGGAGGAGUUGGCGUACAAACAUCCGAUCCUGUUGAAAGCCGACGAGGACGAAGAGGAUGAAGAGGUGGCGCUGGGUGGCGCAAGUCGUCCGCUCGACAGUGAAGACGAUUCGUCGAUCGAACUGGUGCUGCAGGAUGAUUCGAGGGACGAUCAACAACACUCGAAUAUGUUGAGCUAUGGCAGCAAAAAUGGCGACGAGGACGACACGAGUGCGGCGAACGAAUCGCUGAUCGUGCCGCGGCCAAAGAUGAUAGCAUUCCACUCGCUCAAGGGUACGAAGGAGGGCCAGCGGCGGCCCGGAUCGCCGACGAUCGUCACCACGACGAGUACCACCACCUGCCGGCUGGUCGGAAAGGUGAACCCGAACAUCCUGAAGACUUGGGAGCAGCUGAGCGGGCAGCAAGCGCACAACUCGUGCGUGCACCAGCAGCAACGCUCCGCCUCGACUGGCCGAUUGCUUCUGCUGGCGGAAGCCGCCGGCGUGGGCACCACCGGAACCGUCCGUCAACCACUACGACGUACGGCGGCGGCGGCUAGCUCGAGCGGGUGUCUUUACUUCGACACCGAAACCGAGCACCACGACGACGACGACGACGACCAAGGCGAUGAUGGUGAGAGUGCGGACGAGCGGCAGAGCUGCCUGCUUUACUGUCCCCAGCAGCGCGCCUACCCCCACGACGAGGGCGAGCGUGAAGAGGAGGACGUGAUGAUCGAGUUCAAGGUGAACAAGCUGCAGCAUCAUCCGGCGGCGGCGACGACCGUUUCGGACAGCAGGACCACCUCCUCUGGACCUCCUCCCGUCGGUAGCACCUCCUCUGAAGGGGUCGAUUUCUACGACAGCAUCGACGCGGACAGCACGCCACUACCACCGGGCACUUACACAGCCGGGAUGCUUCUCGCCGAUAAUGAUAGGCCGCCGGAAAACAGCUACACCGAUCUGCCCAGCGUCGCUGGCGGCGAGGGUCUAGCCGAGUUCACCUCGAUCGAUCGCAAGCGGCUUUGGUCGAUCGAAAUCAGCGAACAGUGACGUAAAACCCCCGGGAGCAGUAGUCGUUGCUCUUAUCAGUAUUUUAAAACCAUUCUCGGAGCCGCCACACACACCUACCUCGGUGUUGUAGCGUCGGUGCAUUAUUUAAUCUUCUUUUUUGUUUUUCUUUUAAACUACAAACCGUUGCAUGCAUUCCGUACUUUUGUGAGUCGAGCACAGGGCAAAGGCGAGAAGACUUGGAUGCAGGAGUGUUGGUGAAGCUAGUGCAGAUCUGCAUUGUUGUGAGAUAGAACCGUUGAUUACUUGAUAAAAGAGCGGGAGUUUUAUAAAAAUAACAAAUUUUUACUAUCAAGCUCUCUGCCUCAUGCUAAACAUGGUCGUUUGUACGCAUGCAAUCGAAAAUCAACCUUUCGCGGGGCAUCAGUUCGAUCGAGAAAGGGAAAGGAUCAUGGCACCCACGCAAGAAAAGGAUAACAGUUCCGGUGGUUUUUCGUCCGUACGCUUGUGGUUCCCCAGGAGGGAAUAUAGAGAAAAACCUUCCCACCCAUCUAGUCAUCGCGCAGUGAAAGUAAACGUGGCCGUCGGUGGGGAACGAAGCUUACAUAUAUCCUUCGAAAUAGCAGCUAGCGCAGCUCUCGGUUCGAGAUAGGUAGGCUUUUCGCUGCGAGAUCAUAACCCGCUUGACACCUAUCCAUUUUCUUUUUCUUCUAGAAGGUGUUGUUUCUUGUAGAGAGAGAGCAUUGUGGUGGUUCGCCUCACCGGUGGUUUGCAGGCGAAAUGCAAAGCACACGGGUUUGAUGCGCCAUUUUUUCCGCCGCGUGCUUAAGCAAGCAGGACGAGCAUACGACGAGCGAAGAAGAGUUCAUUGCCAGCUGCCCGAAAACAUUCAAAAUUGAACUAGUGGAAGAACCCCCGGACCAGUGUUUGACUGACCGAUUGUUUCAACUCGCGAUUUCUUCAAACCAUAGCAAGUUUGUUUAUUGGUUUCUUUAAGUUUCGCCGACCCAAGAAUGAGGAUCGAUCCACAUUUUAUACAUUCCUGCCUUGGUACCCAAAACAUGUGGUACGAUCCACUGGUCGGCAGCUGUUUGUUUCAGUUUUACCUGGCAAUACUAUGUACCAACGAUUCCGUUGUCUUGAGCUAUUAACUAUCUGCACUUCACGAGGAAUCUUUGCAAGAUCAGCACUGGCAUUAACAACUUUGGUUGUUUGACAUAUAGAAAAGGCAAAUAUUUCCUUCACACUUAUUCCCGCGCCCAAAGCAUUUGAAAUGGAGUUUUCUUGUGAGCAUGACCGCAUGCUAUGAAUGCUCUCCUGUCCAAGGAUGUGGAUUGAAAACUACUGGGUUUUAUUUCCAUUCUUCAGCAUGCCGCACGAGCCAAAGCAUUAUGUAGAUGCAACAGCAAGAACAAUUUACAAUCGGCACGAUGCAGUACGCAAGUAGCUUAGGUGAAAUGGAUGUGCGUUGCAAAACUUAGCAGAUACUUAGUAGAACAGAUAAAGAUCAUGGUUGUGGGGUGUUUUUGUGGGCGUGUGCGUGCGUGUUUAGGGUUGCGUUAUCGCGGGAUGAGGCUGUAACUUGUCCCCUUCUCUUCUUUUCUUACUGCAAGUGGUGUAAGGAUUACAUUUUAAGAUUUUGACGAAUACAAAAUGUAGCAACAAAAUGGAAACAAACAGAAAAAAAACAAACCAGGGAUAAAUAUUGUAAAUAACUUAGGCGGUGGCCAGGAUACAUUUUACGAACACAUUUUAGCGUGAGGCAGAGGUAUGUGUGCCGAACCGUGGCAAAUUCAAACAUAUUCCAAACGAUACUGACCCACUAUUCUCAUAUGAAUCAACUAAAUCAAGUCAAACCCGGUGGAGAGAGCACGGAGAGAAGCGCAUCCUUCUAUUGUACGUUCGGCGCAGGGAAGGUGGGAAACGGACAGGACAGGAGUGUAUGUUUGUACGUCGUCGGGUUGGGUGGUGCCGGAAGUGCGGAGAUCUAUCGAUCUGCCGUGCUCUCGAUGUAGGUUUAUUGCGUGUUUUGUUUUGUUUUCCUUUCACUUCAGUAAAACGGUUUUUCUUGAUUUGUUUGUGUCAGCUCUCGAACUAACGGGUACAAUUAAGUAUUUUUUUUUACAUUAUAUAAUAAUUAAUAUUAACGUUCUUAUUUGUGAUCUACAUUUUCCAACAAUUAUUAUGUAUAUUUUGUUACUUAGAAGAUAGGCGAAACUCUGCAACACCUUCGACAACA